AUGGCUACUUUGUCAAAAACAGACUCCAAGCGCAUGUAUUCUUGGUGGUGGAACAGCCACAUUAGCCCCAAAAAUUCAAAAUGGCUUCAAGAAAAUCUUACAGAUGUGGAUAUCAAAGUAAAAGCAAUGAUAAAGCUCAUUGAAGAAGACGCAGAUUCCUUUGCUCGAAGGGCAGAAAUGUACUACAAAAAGCGUCCCGAGCUUAUGAAACUGGUGGAAGAGAUGUACAGAGCUUAUCGGGCCUUGGCAGAAAGAUAUGUCCAUGCAACCGGGGCCCUCCGCCAGGCCCACAAAACAAUGACAGAAGCCUUUCCAAAUCAAAUCCCCUCAAUGGGUGAUGAUCCUUCUGUUAAUUCCCCCUAUGAUGGUGAUCCUCAAACACCAGACACAAGAACCACUUUUGACUCCAAUGACUUCCUGAAAGAUGAAGAUUCUGAUGGGUCUGUAGGAAACGUGAGAAGAGGGCUUAAAUUCAAUGAUUCAGAAGAUGGAAGCAACAAAAAUCGGUCUCGGGAUCGAGGGUUCUCUGUAAUCGAGAACGUGGGCAUGACUGACAAAGAAAUCUUAUUGCUAAAAGAGGCUUUGGCUAAAUUACAAGAGGAAAAGGAAGCUGGUCUGAAGCAGUAUCAAGAAAGUCUGGAGAGAUUAUCCAAAUUAGAGUCUGAAAUCUCUCAUGCACAAGAGGCUUCCAGUGAACUUGUUAAUCGAGCAAGCAAAGCUGAAGCUGAAGCUCAAUCAUUGAAAGAUGCCCUUCAAAGAUUAAAAGCUGAAACUGGAGAAAAUCUUGAACUUUACCACAGGGGCUUGGAGAAGCUAGCCAACUUGGAGAGAAUGAUAAUCGAGCAAGAAAAGGAAGCUGAGAUUGUAGUUGGAAACUUGAAGGAAGAAAUUGCAAGAUUGAAAGAGGAAAAGGAUGCUGCUUAUGAUCAGUAUAAACAAUCUUUGGAGAUGCAAUCGGAAUUGGAAAAGAAGUUAACGGAAUCAGAGAAAGAAGUAAUGAAGUUCCAUGAACGUGCUGAAAAGGCCGAAACUGAAGUUGAAAACUUAAAGGUGGCAAUUGCAGAAUUGACCAAAGAGAAAGAAGAACAAGCUAAGUUACACCAGCAGUGCUUGGAGACUAUCUCAAGUCUAGAGCUUAGACUCGCGUGUGCUCAAGAGGAAGCUGAAAGACUCAAUAACGAGAUCGAUGAUGGAGUUUUAAAGUUAAAGGGUGCAGAAGAACAACGGGUGAUGUUAGAAAGGUCAAAUGAGAGUCUUCACUCGGAGUUGGAAUCCGUGAUUCUGAAGAUGAACACUCAAACACAAGAACUAACAGAGAAGCAAAAGGAAUUGGGAAGACUCUGGACUUGCAUACAAGAAGAAAGACUACGGUUUGUCGAGGCCGAAACUGCAUUCCAGACUUUGCAACAGUUACAUUCCCAAUCUCAAGAAGAAUUAAGAUCUUUGGCUACAGAGUUACACAAUAAAGCUCAGAUUUUGAGGGAUAUUGAAACACGUAACCAAGUUUUAGAGAAAGAGAUACAGAAACAGAUUGAAGAGAACAAGAAUCUGACCGAGGUCAACAUGUCUUCGAUUGUGUCCAUGAACGAGAUGCAGUCACAGAUCGGUAGCUUAAAGGAAUCCAACGGGAAGCUUGUGGAAGAGGUUGACCUUCGAGUUGACCAAAGAAACGCGCUUCAGCAAGAAAUAUAUUGCCUGAAAGAGGAACUUAACGAAUUGAACAAGAAUCACCAGUCUGUUGUGAACCAAGUUGCAGAUGUGGGGUUGAACCCAGAAAGCUUGGGGGCAUCUGUAAAAGAGUUGCAGGGUGAGAACUUGAAUCUGAAAGAACAAUGGGAAACAGAAAAAAGUGAAAAAGAAGCUCUGUUGGUGAAACUCGAAAUUAUGAAUCAGCUUCUUGAGAGGAAUGGCGUUUUGGAGAAUUCGCUUUCGGAUCUGGGCGAAGAGUUGGAAGGGGUAAGGAGUAGAUUAAAAGCUCUCGAAGACUCGUAUCAGUCUCUUUCAGAAGAGAAAUCUACACUUUCUGUUGAAAAAGCAAAUUUAUUAGGCCAGUUACAAGUAACGAGUGAUAAUUUGAGCAUAGUGUCGGAGAAAAACACUGUUUUGGAGAAUUCUCUUUUUGAUGCCCAUGUCAAACUUGAAGUCUUGAAGCAGAAGUCAAAGAGCUUUGAAGAUUCAUGUCAAUUGCUUACUGAUGAAAAAUCAGUACUCAUUUCCGAAAAGAGUAUUCUCGUCUCGCAGAUGGAAAUCACCGAGAAAAACCUCAAGGAUCUGGAGAUGAAAUAUACAGAUUUACAAGAAAAGUAUUCUUCAAUGGAGAAAGAGAGAGACUCUACACUUCACAAAGUAGAAGAGCUACACGCAUCAUUAGCUUUACAAAAUCAAGAGCACGUCUCCUUUUCACAACAGAAUGAGAAACAAUUGAGUACAUUGAGAACCCAGAUUCAGAUCCUAGAAGAAGAGAAUCGGAAUAGAAGCAAAGAAUUCGAAGAAGAGCUCGAUAAAGCUUUCGGUUCUGAAAUCGAAAUCUUCAUCUUGCUUAGAUGUGUACAAGAUUUGGAAGAACAGAAUGUUUCUCUGUUGAAUGAUUGCCAUAAACUUCAAGAAGCCACCAUGUUGUCUGAAGGUCUGGUUCAUGUGUUGAAGCAAGAGAAAAUCGAAAGCCAGGUAAAGAUAGAAUCUUUAUCUAACCAGAACAAUAGAUUGAAGAUGGGAAUGAACCAGUUGCUGAAAGUUGCUGGUGUUUCUUUGAACUCUGGAUUUGAAACUGACCAACAUGAAAGAUCUUUCGAUAGUAUACAGACAAAAUUCGAAGGAACAAACCGUUCCCUAAUUGAAAAUCAAGACAAAAACACAGAAUUGGUUGUUGAGAUAUCGAUCCUAGUCACGCUUUUGAAGCAGCUCAAAACCGCAGUGGCGGAUCUCGAGGCGGAAAAGGGUGGUGUUCAACACGAGUUAAGUGCCGGGAUGGCAAAGAUUCUCGAGCUGGAAACCGAGGCACGGAAGCUUUCAGAAACGAAUGAUAAUUUGAGAUUGAAAGUGAGUGAAGGAGAUAAUACUGAAAAAAUGCUAAAAUCUCAAUUAGAGAAGUUACAUGGAGAGAUGUUGGUUGUUCAAGAAGCUUACAGAAGUUUACAGAUGGACAAUUCAGUGGUCCUGGAAGAAAACAAGUCCUUAUCAAAAGAUAAGAUUCACAUGAACAACAAGAUUCGUGUUUUGGAAGAGGAAAACGACGUCUUUUUUGGUGAUGUAUUAAGUCAGAGUAUCCUCUCUCAUACUUUGAAGACUUGCCUUGAUGAGAAACAUGAAGAAGUCAAUGGGUUAGGUGGCGAUUUACAGAAGCUUCUUGUUGUCAACAGCACAAUAGCUGACAAAAUGUCUGUGAUUGAGAAGAAACUUAAGGAUGCAAGAACCGAAAAUCUUCGUCUUAAAGAGAAUUUGGAGAAAUCCGAGCUGGAAUUGGAAACGGCUAAUUCCGACCGUGUUCGAUUGGAAUCGGAGUUGGUCACCGGAAUCAGUUUGUUGCGUUUAAAGGAAAAGGAACAUGAGGAUGCGGUUCAGAAACUGAUGAUUUUAGAGAGUGAAAAGACGGGGUUAUCCGAGAUUUUAUCGGGUUUGCAGAGAGAAAAUGAGGAGGUUAAAAUGACAAGAGAUGAACAGGGGAAACAGAUUGUGAAAUUGUUGGAAGAUAAUGAUGAUUUGAAGGAUUCCCUCGAUGAGAAACAUGAAGAAAUCAAUCGGCUUGGUGAAGAUCUUCAAAAGCUUCUUGUUGUCAACAACACACUUGCUGACAAAAUGUCGAUUGUUGAGAAGAAACUUGAAGAGGUGGAAAUUGAAAACCUGCAUGUUAAACAAGAUUUGGAAAAAUCCGAGCAUGAAUUGGAAACGAUUAAAUCCGAACGUGAUAGAUUGGAUUCUGAGUUAGCAAACGGAAUCAAUCUGUUGCAUUUAAAGAGAAAGGAACAUGAGGAAGCAGUCCAAAAACUUACAGUUUUCGAGAAUGAAAAGACGGGGUUGUCAGAGAUGUUGACCAGUCUACAGAGAGAGCACAAUGAGGUACAUAUGACAAAAGAUGAACAAGGGAAACAGAUUAUCCAAUUGUUAGAAGAUAAUGAUGAUUUGAAGAAGUCCCUUGAUGAGAAACAUGAUGAAGUCAAUCGGCUCGGUGAAAAUCUGCAAAAGCUUCUUCUUGUCAAUAACACUCUUGCUAACGAGAUCGGUAUUGUUGAGAAGAAAAUGGAAGAUGUGAGAAAUGAAAAUCUGCAACUCAAACAGAAUUUGGAGAAAUCCGAACGGGAAUUGGAAACGGUGACACGUGUCUGUGAUGAAUUGGAUUCCGAGUUAGUGAACGGAAACAAUCGGUUGCAUGCAAAGGAAAAGGAGCAUGAGGAAGCGGUUGAAAAACUGGUGACUUUAGAGAACGAAAAGAUGGUGUUGACCGAGAUGUUGACCGGUUUACAGAGAGAAAACAGUGAAGUUAAAAUGGCAAGAGACCAACAGGAGAAACAGAUUGUCAAACUUCUAGAAGAUACCAAUGAUUUGAGUAAAGAACGUAUGCUCCUACGUGAAGCAAGUCAGCUUUUGGAGGUCAAACUGCAUGAAUUGACCGAAGAACACGAAAAAGCAAAACAAAAAGAGGAGACAACGAGUUCCGAGUUGGAAAAGGAAAAGGACAAGAAUCAAAUGUUGGAAACACAGGCAUCAGAAGUGUAUGGUGAUUUGCAGACUUCUGGUUUAUAUCAAGUUUUAUUAGAAGAGAAGAUUCGUGAACUUACUCAGGUUUGUUUGAGCCUCCAAGAAGAAACUAAUUCCAAAGAUGUCAAUUCCAAAUUACUCAAAGAAAAAACUGAAACUUUGGAAUCCGAGAAUGAAGACCUCAAAGCUCGUUUGGCUGUAUAUCUCCCUGCCCUCGUGUCAUUGAGGGAUUCCAUUUUAUCUCUCGAAAGCCAUACCUGUAUUAGAACCAAAGUUCCAGAAUCUGAAAAUGAAGAACACAAGGGUGCUGAAUCCUCAAGCAUGGAAGAGGAUCCAUCUGUUGAGCUGCAGGAUCUUGAAAGUAAGGUUAGAUCUAUCGAAACCGCUGUGCUUGAAAUGCAGAUGUUGGCAGUGCAGGACAGGUUGGAUUCCGAAGCAAAGCUGGAAUCAGCAAUGAGGCAGAUAGAGGAAUUGAGUUAUCAAAAGAGUUCCCGUAAAUCAAACAGUAAGCCGAAAUCGACAUCGGAAAUUUCGGAAGUGGAAAUCGGAAUCCUACCAAAAGACAUCAUGUUGGAUCAAGCAUCGGAAUGUUCCUCAUAUGGGAUGAGUAAAAGAGGACCAAUUGAAGGUGAGGCAUGGGAGAGUGCCGAUAAAUUCCGACACCAUCCGACCGCCUCCGAGGUGUCUCUGGAAACUCUGGAAUCGGAAUCAAACGUGGUGAUGGAGAUGGGGAAACCAGAGGUGUCGAAGAGAUUCCGGGGAGACGACGGAAACAAAAGAAAAGUAUUGGAAAGACUGAAUUCCGAUGUUCAAAAGCUUACAAACCUUCAAAUCACAAUCGAGGAUCUAAAACGGAAAGUCGAGAUAACCGGAAACAGCAGAAGAGGAAAAGCAAUGAUCGAAUGCGAGACGUUGAAAGGCCAACUCAUGGAAGCGGAAUCCGCGAUUCAAAAGCUAUACGAACUGAAUGGAAAACUGGUGAAACAUAUCGAGGGCCAUUCCAACUCAUCAACAACACCGGAAUCGGUAGAAAACGAAAGCAUGAGAAGGAAAAAGGUGUCUGAACAAGCGAGAAGAGUAUCUGAAAAAAUCGGCCGGUUGCAGUUAGAAGUGCAAAAGAUACAAUUCGUGUUGUUGAAACUGGAUGAUGAAAAUGAGGCACAAGGAAAAUCUCGUUUUAUGGAUACUAAAAAACGAGUUCUUUUGAAAGAUUAUCUUUAUGGUGCUGGAAGAACAAAAGCAACUGUUAGCAGCAGUGGGAGAAGAAAGAAGAGCAACUUUUGUGCUUGUGUUGAGCCUUCGACUAAAGGAGAUUGAUUCACUUCAUAAUAACAAACACAUUUACUACCUUUUUUUUUCGUCUAUAGUUAUGGAGUAAUUUUAGUGUGUUUUGUUUUUAAACGUUGCAAGUUGUAUCAUGUAUGUAUGAUUAUGUACGGAAUAUUUUGGGUUUAUUAGGGAGAAGAGAGAGGAGGCCCGCCCACCUAUGCUAUGUUCCCAUUUGAUCUGGAGAAGCUAUUUUUAGAGAGCUUGCUUGCUUGGUUUGCACUUUGUACUUUGUAGCAUUGUGAAUGUCAUACUUGUUUUCACGUUUUAUCUAGAG